AUGUCUGACUCCUCCAGCGUCACUGCUAUGAAGAAAGUGGUUCAACAGCUGCGGCUGGAAGCCACAGCUGCAGAUUUGAAACAAUUCUGUCUGCAGAAUGCUCAACAUGACCCCCUGCUGACUGGAGUAUCUUCAAGUACAAAUGCCUUCAGACCCCAGAAAGUCUGUUCCUUUUUGUAAUGAAACUAAUCUUUGGAGGUUUUC